GUCGGCUCGGGAGCGCCCGCAGUUGUGGCGGCAACAUGGCGGACGUGCUGAGCGUCGGGGUGAACUUGGAGGCCUUCGCCCAGGCUAUUAGUGCCAUUCAGGCACUGCGCUCCAGCGUGAGCAGGGUGUUCGACUGCUUGAAGGAUGGCAUGCGGAACAAGGAGACGCUGGAGGGCCGGGAGAAGGCCUUCAUUGCGAAUUUCCAGGACAACUUGCAUUCGGUCAACCGGGACCUCAAUGAGCUGGAGCGUCUGAGCAACCUGGUAGGCAAGCCGUCUGAGAACCACCCUCUCCACAACAGCGGGCUGCUGAGCCUGGAUCCCGUGCAAGACAAAACCCCUCUCUAUAGUCAGCUCCUGCAGGCAUAUAAAUGGUCCAACAAGUUGCAGUACCACGCGGGUCUUGCAUCCGGCCUUUUGAAUCAGCAGUCCUUGAAGCGCUCUGCAAAUCAGAUGGGAGUGUCGGCCAAGCGGAGACCAAAGGCCCAACCCACCACCCUGGUCCUGCCACCUCAGUAUGUGGAUGACGUGAUCAGCCGCAUCGACCGGAUGUUCCCUGAGAUGUCCAUCCACCUCUCCAGGCCCAACGGGACAUCGGCGAUGCUUCUGGUGACUCUGGGGAAGGUGUUGAAAGUGAUCGUUGUCAUGCGGAGCCUGUUCAUCGAUCGGACGAUAGUGAAGGGCUAUAAUGAAAAUGUCUACACCGAAGACGGCAAGCUCGACAUAUGGUCCAAGUCCAACUAUCAAGUGUUCCAGAAGGUGACAGAUCACGCCACCACCGCCCUGCUGCACUAUCAGCUACCACAGAUGCCAGAUGUGGUGGUCAGGUCCUUCAUGACCUGGUUGAGAAGCUACAUAAAGCUUUUCCAGGCCCCCUGCCAGCGCUGCGGGAAGUUCCUACAGGACGGCCUUCCGCCCACGUGGAGGGACUUCCGGACCCUUGAGGCCUUCCACGACACCUGCCGCCAGUGAGCCUGCCCCUCCCCCAGUGCCAGGCCCCGACCCUCCCUCCCCCCUCUGUGCCCGCUGCUCCCUCUCCAGACAAGGGGACUGUCACACGUCAGCCACAGGUGCUGCCCCUGCUGUGAGCCCGGACGCCAGAUAGCCAUUCUGUGUCCCCAUCAAAACCAUUUUCACAGCUGUCACCUGCAUGUGCUCCACGCUCCUGUAUGUUGUGCCAGUGCUCUUCUGUUCUGGUUUUGUAACUUAUUUCUAGAAACAAUAAAUCUUGCGUACCCGGCACAAGGCCCA